AUGGAUGAACUUGAUGCUAAUUAUAUUGAAUGUUUAAGUUAAGGAGGCUCUUCUCCAUAUAAACCUAUGGAUAACUUAUUUUAAAUCUAUUCUGGUAAAGCUAACAAAAAACCUGAAUAAUAAAGAAGGUUCUUUAGUGGAUAAAAACAGGUUACAGAACCUAUUGAAUAAUCUAAUUACAGUCCAAUUUCAAAUUCUGAAAGUAAAUUGAAGACUCAAAACAAAGAGGCUGUUCAAAUUUAGCUAAUAUCUUUUUAUGAAUAGAACCUCCAAAACUUAAAGUAAAUGGUUAUUGAUAAAGAUGAAGAUAUCAAAAUUAGAGAUGAAAAGAUUCUUGAAUAAUCUAUUCUUAUCAAUCUCAUCUUAAAUCAAUUUAAUAAGAUUCUUAAUCUUAUUUAAUAGGAAAGAGAUGAAAUAUUUGAAAAAUAUAUGCAAGCUAUGGAUGAAAUACAAAAUCUAAGUUAAAAAUAUCAAUAACAAUAAUAAUAAUAAUAAUAAUAACAAUAAUAGUAACUUUUAAUGAUGUAAUAAAAAAUCUAACAAUAAUUACAAUCAUAAAUCUCAUAACAUCUUUCAAGUUUUUAAGUUCCCAUCGAUUAUGACUCUAAAUUAAUAGAACUUCAUGAAGCCAAAUAAUAAGUUAAUCAUUAUAAAAAUUAAUGUAUUAAUCUAGAAGUUAAAGUCAAAGAAACUGAAGUCAAACUAGAAGAUUCAAAUUUAAGAUUAAAUGAAGCUUAUAUUAGAAUUGAUCUUCUUGAAAAAGAAGCAAGAAAUGUCUCAUAGUAAAAUGUAACUUUAUUUAUAUCAUUUCUAGAUUGUACUUGAUAAAUAAUUUAAAUCCUUACUAUUAUAGUUUGAGUAAUAUUAGUAGAUAUAAAAAAAAUAAAGUUAAUAAUUUUAAUUCAGAGAAGCAACAAGCAUGAUGAGUAGUGUUUAUAGUAAUUAAUCACUCAGUGAAUAAUAGAUUCUUUAAACAGUUAAUUAGAAUGGUUCUAAACAUGAAUAACUAUAAGAAAAUGAUAAUUUAAUAAAUGCUUACACUUAAUUUAAAAAGUAGAAUAGUCUUAAAUAAUUCAAUCAGAUGAUAGCUUAAUCUUAAGUCAAAUAAUAAAAUGGAAAAUAGGAUUCUUAGUAAACAACCUAUAAUCAAGGAGGAAUUUAAAAUUUUCCAUCUGACUUUCGGACUUAGUAAUAGAAGGAUUUAGAAUUAUUAUUGACUAAUUAAUUGAAUGAAUUAACAAUAAAAAAAUAAUCAUUAGAGAGUGAAUUAAAUAAAAAGAUUAAUAUUUCAAAAACUGCUUUGGAAAGAAGAAAAAGGGAAUAGUUAGAAUAAGAGUUGGAUUAAAUUUAAGAUUAAAUCAAUAAAGUAAAAUUAAAAUUAAGAGAAAACAAAUUUAUUUGA